UACUGUUCGUUGAUUGAGAGUAAACGUACGCUGUGUUUCUAUUAUUGCUGUAUUGUAUAAUUAUCAUAAUUAUUGUGCAUUUUAUGUUAAUAUUUAAGAAUAAUUAUCAAAAUAAUUUGUAUCCACAGUUUUUCGUCAUAGUGCGUGUGCAACAAAUUAAACCGAACUAACGCGUGUCGAAUUAAAAAAGUAUUUCUUUGAGGAUAGAAUUUGCGCAAUCUUUCUAGAAGAAGAAAAUUUACAUCUAGUGAUAAAAAGAAACAUACUCGAACAAUAACAAAGAGAAUCCUAACAUCUAAACGUUUAUUUAUUAUUAUUCUAUUUUGAUGUUUUCCUUCAAUGUUUAAUACAUUCAUAAAGAAGAAAUAAUAUCAAUAUUUUUUUUGUGUAUACAAAAAAGUGCUAAGGUUAGCGUCACUUGUACGAGUUUACAAUUAAAAUUUAACUUUCAACUAUUUUUUUUCUCACUAAUUUGAACGAUCUAAAUUAUUUUCCGAUAAUCAUCUUAAUGUAAUAUCUUAUUUCGUGUAUAUCGUCGCUAUAAGAUUAAGUUCGAAAUAUAAAAGUUCAAGCGUUUUUACUUAAUUGUUCCAAAUGACAAAUACAAUGGGAGGUACACAUCUGCAUACUCCGCCAUCGAUAUUUCAACACAUGAUAAUACAGCAGGGUACCUCUCAGCAAGUCGGUUCUUGGACGCAAAUGCCUCAAGUAUUACCCUUAUCCAUAUCUUGGAGCGUACCAUCUGUACAACAAUCAGAAUUGAUCAGAUUUACAGGCGAACAAAAUGUUACGUCCUACCUACAUCAAAAAAGAAAAUUAGAAACACCGGAUGUACUUGACAUCAGAAAGACAAAGCAAUUAAUAACGGAAGAAAAAAUGGCUGCACACUUUCAAGAUUUACAUAUCAGUUCGAGUUAUCAUUCACAAGAUCCUGUACCAUCUACGUCAAUGGCGAAUGCUCAAUUUGAAAAUUCCAACGUAGAGAUGGAUAUUGAAACAACCAACGUGGUCGAUUCUGAAAAUAUAAAAACUCCAAGAUUAGUUUUAUCAGAAGAACUCAAAAGAAUACAACACGAAUCUAUUCUACCAACGACUCUUUUAUCCAAAUUGGAAAGGCCAUCUAUGGCAUUAGUUCUUUGGGAACCACCGAGCAAACAUCUUCGUAUUUUACCUACGAGAGAUAUUCCCACGCCAGCUUCUAACGCGUCAGAUGACAAUAAUAAUAACAACAAUAACAACAGCGAUGGUAUACCUGAUUUAAAUCAAACAAACUCGUUCGAACCAAUGGAAUUAUGAAAUACAUAUUUAAAUAUUUCUUAUUACUUAACAAACUGAUGCGUCAAAAAAUAUUUUUAGCUCGCGAUAAAAGAUUUUAAUUCAAAUUGAUUUCAUUGGACUUAGCUAUAUUGUGAUUAAUUUAUCUUAUUUUCAAAUAAACAAGUAAGUGAAUGUUUAUACAAUCAAAUAGUAUGAAUUUCAACCACUUCGUUGGUUGAUUUAUGCGAUAAAAGUAGCCAGCCAAGCGAACAUCAUUUUCUUUAUAUCUGAUAUUUUCUUCUUAUUAUCUCAUUUUCUCCACACACUUUUGAUAUAGCCUAUACACGUCUACGCGCAUAUUAUGCAAUAAUUAAUGGUUUUGCAUAAUUCGAAAUAUACAGGUCUUGCAUUCCAAAUUUCUUUUUUUAAGCUUUUGUAUUAAAAAAAGAACAAAUAUAAUGUAAAUUUAUUAUAAAAAAUACAAAAUUAUUUAUGUAU